AUUCAACAGUUUUGUUAACAUGAAUCUCUUACAGUGAAAAUUACAGUGCCAUGCUUACAGUGCCAAUUACAGUGUCAUGCUUACAGUACCUCACAUAAAGUACUCCAGUUACAGUGCCUCAUUUAUAUUGCUACACUUAUAGUGCUUAAUUUAUAGAACUAUACUUACAGUGCCACAACUACAGUGCUAUAUUUACAGUGUUAUACUUAGUGCUUCAUAUACAGUACCACAGUUACAGUGCUCGACUAACAAUACCACGUUGAUAGUGCCACAUAUACUGCACCAUACUUAAGAGUAUAAUACAAGCAGUAUACACUCAUACUACAUUCUCAACACCAUCUAACAGACCACAGUUAUUACCCCAUCACCUAAACACAGUUGACCUUAGCUGACCCAGUCCAAAGAUCCAGAACUGUUCACCCCGACUCACCCCACGUACAGGAAGGCAAUCACAUGUAAGCUGCUAUUACCUCUCAAAGUCUUCAGAGAUGAUCGAUACAAUUUGAUACUCCAUAUUAAAUUCUGGGAAACGAUCAAUAAAACACAGAAGAGUAAUUAAAUGAUGUGAAUUUUCUUAAAGGAUUGUUCACUACUGUAGGGGAGAGUUGGUGGCGCUACAGUACAGUAAGCAGUACCUUGAUGUGGUCGAGUCGAGGAGGAGGUCUAACAAGGAGUGACGUCGAGGGCCGGCAGGAUAUUUACAAGGAUUACAUAAGACGUGAGACGAGCCAAGAGAGAUCUAUACUACAAGACAGAAAUCGCCUGAAAAUCCGAACCGACAUCAAGAAAUUGCAUGAAAAUCUGAUUCAAAAUAAAGAAAUAUUCGAGGGAACCCAAACAUUCACCUUGGGGAACUCCUUUGAAGGUUUUAAAAAGAACACCAAGUAGAUCAAAAACUGAAGAACUGAACCUCUAGAGUAAGACCCUCCUCUAAGACCAUCUACAGAACCCUCAUUGAUACACCACUAAGACCCUCGUUGUAUCACCACUAAGACCUCCAUUGAAAUUUCACAAAGAACCGAUCGGAACUUCGCUAAAAUCCACUUCCAAAAGUCACCUACAAGACCACCUUCUCACCACCUCCCGUGAGAUCCCUUUGAAACCCAUCAUCAAGACUUAAUUUUUUUCCUCUCAAGACCCCACGAAUUUUCCUCCCUAUAGCAAGACCACCUGAGGAAUCGCCGUCAGUAGAGGAGGUACUUGGUGGCCAUGAGCGGUGAGGCUAGUGCCAGCGCCUCCCCCAUCCCAGCUGGUGCACAGGAGGCGGAAAGAUCACCUCGACCUGGGCCACCAUCUGUCAUCGCACCAGGCACCCCACAGCAUGACGGGGGGAACUGCGGCCCUCAUCCAGCUCCUCUGCCCCCAGGACCUGCUUCGUCAGGGAUGUCCACGGAGCCCUGGCAUCAACCCCAAUCCAGAGAAACAACCCCCCAAGACCACCCCAGCACUCUAACAACCCUCACCUCCACCCUCACCACAACCACGCCCACGCCACCCACCACGCCCACGCCACCUAUCACGCCCACGCCACCCACCACGUCUCCGUUACCUUCUAUGGAAAUGUCAUUCACCACGUCAAAUAACCACGCCUACGCCCAUGCUACCCACUACAACACCCACCACGCCCAUGCCACCCACCACGCCCAUGCCACUCACCACGCCCAUGCCACCCACCACGCCUAUGCCACCCACAACGUCCUCGUCGCACCCACACCAUCCACCCACGACAGCGGACUCAACCUGACCAUGCUGACCACGACCACACAUAGCAGUGGGCCACCCUCAAGCUGCGGCACGCCCGUAAGCGAGGUGGGCGUGGCCACUAACGUCAUCAUCAGGGACGACGUCAAUCUAUCCGCCCGCACGCCCGUCAAGCAGGAGGAAGAAGAGGAAGAGCUGAAGCACGCCUACACCGCCGCCCACUCCCACCCCUACGCCCACACCAUCCACGUCACACCAAAGUCAGAGGUCAAAGGUGAACUAGGGUCACCACCUCCCUCGGCAGCCACAACUCACAUCCCAGUAACUGUUCAUGACCUCGAUCAGGGAAGCUAUCAGUCACCGUACUCCGUCCAGAGCGUGGUAGUGUACGAUACCAGCCACCCUGUAGAGCACGUUCACGCCCACACUGUUGAUGGCCACCCUCACGCCCACACCCACCUGAGCAGCGAGGGUGCUACAUACGCUACGCUAGAGUCCGCCCCUGCUAUCACUACGCUAGCCUCUAUACCCUAUACCAACCCUUACUAUUACUACAAGACCCAGGACAUGUACGUAAAUGAUGAGGCACGACGCUCAGGUGGGUACGAAUUCCUGCAGGCGCCUUAUGGAACAACAGCUGGACACGCCCACACUAACGCCCACACCCACGCCCACCUACAGAAGUCUGACCCCGCUAUGUGGACUUCUACCCCUGAGUACACCCAGUUGCCUCCUCCUCCGUACCUCCCACAACAAGAGGUAUUAGACAGGUCGACUCCAUUACCUCAUCACACCUACAUGACCACCGCUACGGCCUGGUCUCCUGCACCCUCUCCAUACGAUUCCAUCCUCCACACGGCUUCAGGAGAGACCUACCGACGGAUAGAGCCAGGUGACCCAGACAGCAACGAGAGCCGGGAAUGUGUCAACUGCGGCGCCAUGACCACCCCGCUGUGGCGACGGGACUCAGGAGGCCACUACCUGUGUAACGCCUGCGGCCUCUACAGUAGGGCUAACGGCAUCAACAGACCCCACGUUCGUAGUCAGCGGCGACCUGUUAGUCCAUACGUGGCGCCAACAGCGGCUCCUCAACCACCCAGACGCUCGGGAAUGACCUGCUCUAACUGCCAGACCACCAACACUACACUAUGGCGACGGAACAACAAUGGUGAACCUGUCUGUAACGCUUGUGGCCUGUACUUCAAAUUGCACGGGGUGAGUCGUCCCCUCACUAUGAAGAAGGAAGGACCAAUCCAGACCCGGAAGAGGAAACCCAAAAGCACUUCCUCUGGGUCUUCUUCCUCUCAGUCCCAUCAGGCAGCCCCCAGCCGCUACCACACCAGCGCCAGCGUGAGUAUGGGUGGCGCCUCUUCGCUAAAGCCACAUCCAUCUUAUGUAUCAACAGUGAUCACAAAUUACGCUGACCACCAGGCCGCCGAUCACUACGGCGGCGGUGGCGUUGGCGGGUCAACGGCGGCGGUGGCGACAAUCCAUGAUCAAGAUGGAGCCACACAUCUCCUGACCUCAGCGACCCAUCCUGGCCUUUCACACGUCCCAGCCCAGUUGGUGACCUAUCCUGCCUCCCCUUCCUCUACCCCUCACCAUGUGUUGCCUAACUCUCAACACCUCUCUCACCAAGUUAUGAAACAGAUCCCCGUACUGGAGCCUCUUGAAGAUUCCAGCAUCAAGUACGAGCAUUCCAGCUAAGAUACACAGCUAAAACCCACAGCUUAAGUCAUACACAGCAUCUUAAAAGAAGGACAAGACGAACUACAGCAAAGACUGAAGCUAAACACCACAGCUAAGGAGAUACAGGACUCAGCUAAUAUCCGAAUAUCACAGCUAAGAAAGAGACUCCAGAUGUUCCGUAAAUUCUCAGUCCAAGGACUCAGUGAGAAACAUCAGCUAAAAAAGAAAAAAAAAUGUCCCCAACAGCUAAAUUUUACACUGUAAAGUAAAUAGCUGCUGCCUGAUCGAGGAGUGGAAGCUAACCAAUAGUUUGUACGCAAUGGAUACCGCCUUAAGACCGACCCCUUACAGGAAGCUAUUGAUGUUUUGAAAGCUAACACGUCUUUCAAUAUCAGCCAUGCCCUAUUGAUGAUUAUGAAAGCUAACUUAUCUCUCAACGUCAGCUAUGGUGUGUGGUACGUAUCAAGAUUAGAAGGUUAGUAUAAGAUUAGCCAAUUCGGGACCUUUGAUAUGUUAACUCUGAAUGUUUCACCCCGUCUUCCCUUGACCGGGGGGACUGAAUCCGCGGCUCAUGAGUAUUGCCAUAUGAUAUCCUGUAAAUCUGGGAUAUCUUUUCUUUUUUUACAAUAAUAACAGAAUGUAAGUUAGACAGUUUAUGAUAGGUCAGUAACCAUGUCAUCGUAGUGAUUAUUGAAAGAAAUAGGUGGAUUAUUAUUACGCAUUGUAACUUGAUAUUUAAAGCUUGAAUAUAUAUAGAGAAAAAUUCCUAAAUGUUGCCAUAUAUUGUUAUGUAAUGCAGUUAUUUUAGGCUAUCUAUUACAAUAAUUAUACCACGUGAUGGAUUUUUAUAAGACUUGUGAGGUGUUUGUGUUACGAUAAUACGGAACUGAGGCGCGUGAUUGGUUGGUUGGGCUCCAGUCCAAUUGGGUCCUUAGUGUUAAUGGGCCCUUAAGUUUUAAUGGGUAUUAGUUCUAAUGGGUCCCAGUUUUAGUAGGUACCAGUUGUAAUAGGCCCCUAGUUCUAUAAGGCCCAGUCCUAGUUAGCCACAGACUUAAUAGGCCCCAGUCAAACUUGGUCCCAAUGCUCAAUGUCCCAAUCGUAAUAGUCAGUUUCAAUUAAGUUUGGUUGAGGUCUCUAUAUAGUCUUGGGUGUCUAAUAUAGAACAAGGGCCCAUUAGGACUGAGAACCUACUUCGCCCAGGGUCCGUUUGGUCUAGGGGCCCAUUUGACAUGUAUACGACAUUCAUUAAACCGGUGAACAAUUGUAAAAGUGUAAAAAAAAAUAAGAAAAAAGUAAAUGGAUAGAAAUAUAAAGUACAAAAUGUUUUUUUUUCGGGGUAAUGUUUCAAAAUAAUCUGGGAUUUUUUUUUUUUGUACAUUAUUUUGACUUUUGUUGUUUGUUUAUGUAAGGUAAUAAAGAUUUACAACGUGUAUGGGUGAUUGAUGUUACCAGGGGGAAAAAUCUAGUGAUAUUUUAGGGGAAUAUUUUUAAAAUUUACAAAAAAUAUGUUGGGGAAAUUUUGCGAUUUUUUGAGAAUUAUAUAAAUUUUAAGGAAAUUUUUUUAACGAAUCUUAGGAAAUUCUAACUGAGGCAAAGUAGAAUUUUAUUAUUACAUAGAGAAAAUUUUAAACGAUCUAGGAAUAUUCAGGGAAAAUUUAGUGUUAAAAAUUUUGGGAUAUGUUACAAUAUAUAAUUUUAAAUAGAAUUAAUACAAUCGUAGAGAUUUCACAGAAUUUUAAAGAAAUCUAUAAAAUAUUAGGAAUAAUUGAUAAAACUUUAGGGAAAUUUGAUGUAAUUUCAAGAAAAAUUCAUAGAUAUUAAGAGAAAAAAAUAAUGUAUCCUAGAGGUUGUAAAUGCUGGUUGUGAAAACGUAAAUGAACCUUUGUAAAUAGCUGUAAAUACUCCAUGGUUGUACUUGAUAGUUGUAAACCCGGUUAGUAAAGACAAUUGUGUAUAAUAGUGCCAUGCUAGUAAUAAUAGUAAUAAUAACAAUAAUAUUAAUAAUAAACAGUUUCUACUGCAAA